AGGAUUUAAACUUCUCUACCGCACAAAAAGGUUAACAGCAAAGAGUUUGUAACCAUGGGCAACAUCCAGAGCGAGAAGCAAUCGAAGGGCAAGGGGAAGCAGAAGAACCGCAAGGGCUCGGCGGGCAGCCAGCGGCGGCGGCGCGAGGCGGGCACUCCGGCGGACGAGGCCGCGCGCUCAGUGCCGCUCCGCACGCCGCCGCCGCCGCGCGACAUGGACGCGCCGCGACUCGCGCCCGACUCUACCGUGUCCGUGACCGACCGCUCGUCUGUCAGCGAUGUCAGUUGCGAUGAGGUUAUGGGGGCCCGGGCGUCGCGCGAGCGCCUGCACGAGGCCCACGACUUCCGCGACAACCGGCUCAAGGGCAGCGCCGCCACCACCGCCUUCACGCUGGCCAAACACCGCCGCGUGGAGCUGCCGCCCGCUCCCGAACACGAUGUGGACCGAUGGACGUGCGGCGCGGAGCCCACGGUGGUGGCCGAGUCCAACGUGCUGCGCAAGGUGGCGUCGCUGACCCUGGAGGCGGCCUCGGAGCCGCGGAGGCCGAAGCCCCCGGACAAGAUCGACCUUGACCCCCAGCUCUACGACAAGUUUGAAGGUCAGAUGCUGGUGAGCUGGCUGGCGGCGGGCAUCGCGGAGGGCGGCGCGGGGGCGGGCGCGGCGCGGGCGGCGGCGGCGCGCGUGGCGGGGCGGCUGCUGGGGGCUGGGCUCCUGCGGCCGCUGCAGGACCAUGACGCCAAUGCUGCUGUGUUCAAGCCAAACCUGAUGUACUGUUGGCGCCAACACGAGGCGGCAAUGUCGGCGUCGUGUCGCUCCCGCUGGCACGACGACGCGUCGCCCGCCGCGGCGCUGCACGACGCCGUCGCGCGGCACGAGACGGCACGGCUCGACCACGACUGCAAGCAAGACGACGCCAAGUCCAGUGGCACAGAAGACUCUGAUGUGUCAGAGGCCCUCAUAACGCAACUGCGCACGCGAAUAGACACUCUUGAAAGAGAACUGCAACUGCUCAAAACACCAAAAAAAGUACAGCACCAAUCCUCCCAGGCCAAACUAAACCUCAUAAGUGUACACACACAAACCACCGACAGUGUAUUAUUAGAUAAGUCGCCCAACGAACCUGUGAUAGAUAGACCUGAUGUUAAAACUGUAAAUAGUAAUAAAGUAGACUUAAGUACCGAAGAUCCUUGCGAGAACAAUGCAAAUUCGCGGGUGACGACGUCUAGAUCUGACAUCGAGAAUUUUUGUAAGUUAAAUAAGAGCAGAGACUGUAAUAGUGUGAUGAGUAAAGGUGACUUUAUUGAAAAACCAGUGAGAGACGCGGUAGUGAACAGCAACAGCUGGAGUGCCGCCGACAAAGUGAACCAAAGACUGUCUAAUUCAGAAACAACUAGUUCUUCCGACCUAUCUUAUAAAACAUCCUGCAUGUCGCAUGAUGUUGUCUCACUCAACUCUACGGACUCGCGGACGAAUGUGUUAGAGGGAGAGAACAAGACCACCAAAGUGUUAUAUUUGCAUUAUGAGACUAAAUACGAGCCUAAGACUAGAGGGACAAGUGAUGCUAGCUCCGUAGCAGAGACUUUGAAAGCUGAUGACAGCACUUCGACUGCUGCACUCGCGGCCAAAACAUCGCCAGUUUUAUCUACAAAUUCCUGUGUGCAGACAGAAGUAGCAUCAUCUCCUAAAAACGAAGUAGAAGAGAAACCUUUAUCGCCGCCUGCUGUGCUGGAAAACGCUCAGGUUAUUCAAAACCAAACAUCUCCAAUAAAAGCCAAUAAUGAUAGUCCUAAAACGCCAGUAUCAAAUGCUCUGUUAAUUUCGUCGACGACAUCGACGUCGGAAGUGUCUCGAGUGGUUCCCUCGUCCAUGCCGGAUGUGGUGCCGCCGCCCCCCGAGGUGCAGGAGACCUCGCUGCCUCCGCCUCCACCACCGAUGCCAGAUCUGGCCCCCACGCCGCCGCCGAUGCCAGAAUUGGUCCCUACGCCUCCACCGUUAGCUGAUGCCGCCCCGAUUCCUCCAGUUGUGCCAAGUUUGGGUCCGCCGCCGCCGCCCAUGCCAGAGGAUGGUCCACCAGUGCCCCCGCCACCUCCAAUGCCAGAUAGCGGGCUUCCCACGCCGGGGUUGGGCCCACCGCCGCCUCCAAUGCCGGAUAUGGGUCCACCACCGCCCCCAAUGCCUGAUAUGGGUCCUCCGCCUCCUCCAAUGCCGGGUAUGGGCCCACCGCCGCCACCCAUGCCGGGUAUGGAUCCUCCGCCGCCCCCAAUGCCAGGAAUGGGCCCACCGCCUCCUCCAAUGGCGGGGAUGGGCCCACCGCCUCCUCCAAUGGCGGGGAUGGGCCCGCCGCCCCCACCAAUGGCAGGGAUGGGUCCUCCGCCUCCGCCAAUGGCGGGCGGUGCGCCCCCGCCCCCGCCCCCGCUGGGCGCCCCCGCCGGCCCCGUGCCCUUCCCCGCGCCCCCCGCUGGCGGCUGGAACAAUCAAAGGGCUACGCUACGCAAAUCCGCCAUCAAGCCCGUCGCCCCAAUGAAGCCGCUCUACUGGACGCGGAUCUUGGCGCCCCCCGCCCCCGCCCCCGCAGCCCCCGCCCCCGCCGCCGCGCCCCCCGUCACGCCGCUGUGGGUGCAGAUCGACGAGGCCCCUCUCGAUAACAUUGAGGAGUUCACGGACUUGUUCUCGCGACAGGUGGUGCAAGCACCAGCCAAGAAGAAGCCAUCAACGAAGCCAGCCCGGCAGCAACCCAUCAAGGUGCUGGACUCGAAGCGGUCUCAGAACGUGGGCAUCCUGGCUCAGAGCCUUCACGUGGACUUCAGCGAGAUAGAGAACGCUAUCUAUAACUUUGACACGUCCGUGGUGAGCUUGGAAGCGCUACAGCAGAUCUAUGAACUGCGAGCGACAGACGAGGAGCUGGCCGCCAUCCGCCAAGUCCUCGCUUCGAACCCAUCGGCACCGCUAGACCGCCCCGAGCUGUUCUUGCUAGAACUAGGCGGCAUCGCGGCGGGCGCGGAGCGGGUGGCAUGCUUCAUGGUGACGGCGGAGUUCGACGCACAGCUGCAGGGACAGAUGCACAAGCUGGAUAACUUGAAGCACACUUGUGAGUUCCUGAUGAACAGUGCAGAGCUGAAGCAACUGUUCGCGAUAAUCCUGACGCUGGGCAACUACAUGAACGGGGGCAACGGCGCGCGCGGCCAGGCCGACGGGUUCGGGCUCGAGAUACUCGCCAAACUCAAGGAUGUCAAGUCAAAGCAGUCCAACGUGACCCUUCUCCACUUCAUAGUGCGCACAUACCGGCGCUCACUGGGCGCGGCGGCGGCGGGCGCCCCACUGCCGGUGCCCGAGCCCGGGGACGUGGCGCGCGCCGCCGCACUGGACUUUGCAGACGUGGAGCAGACUCUGCAGGGGCUGGCUAAGCAGAUCGAAGACUGCCAGCAAAUGACCCAAAAAGUCCUGGAAGCGGAUGCACAAGCCGCCGCGUCCCCCGACCCGGACAAGCGCCGCCUCGACUCGUUCCAGGACAAGAUGGCCGCCUUCCUGACUGCAGCCAGGGAAAAGCUGCGAGUCGAGAGGGACAACCUGGAUGAGACCCGGGCCAAGUUUGUGGCUACGGUGCGGUUUUACCAGUAUAGGCCGAAGUGUGGCAAGGUGGAAGAUUGUGAGCCGAAUGAAUUCUUCUCUCUCUGGACGGCGUUCUGCUCCGACUUCAAGGACAUCUUCAAAAAGGAGGAACAGUUGGCCAUCAAGGAAAGGCUAAAAGAAGCGAAGAAGCAGCACGAAGAGAGGAAGUCGCAGACGCAGCCGAAGAAAGAGGGCGGGCUCAAGGCCAGGCUGCAGAAACUAUCCGGCAACCGCAAGCCGUGAAUAUACCACACAGUGUACACACAUUACUAUACUUACCGUAUUUCACAGGAAAAUUACCCUGUACGUCUAGUACAGGUUUGAUAGAGUGUCGAAAACUAUAAAAGUUUCAGUUUUCCCGCAUAAAAAGUGGCGCCUCUAGCAGAAACUAUCAUGAAACAUUUGUCAGAUAAUGUAUGUAGGUGACAGAAGAAAACCAAAACUUUUUUCAUUUACAGUUUUAAAAAUUAUAUUGCCUAAACUCAGGGAAGUUUUGAUGUGGAUUACGGUGUAAGGGAUUGUUCUUUGAAUGUGGAUAAUGUUUUGCUGGCUCAGGACACUAUUAUAUUAUAUUGUUCAAUGGAAUUAGAAGGAAGAUUUAAGAAACCGAGGUUGCAUCAAUAAGACAUCAUUGUAGACGUGUGUAAUUUUUUAUUGGAUCAUUAUCAUUGAUUUGUUAAUAAUAUAUACUAAAUAUAUUAUUAACGUAUUAAUGUAUGAUUCUUGCCCUUUCAAACAUACAGUAUGCUGUUACAGCCAUAUUCAUUUGUAUGUUAAUUUAAUGUGGGGCUUCUAAAGCCUUUUUAUAAAUUAGUACUUAUCGUGAUAGUUUUGCAGCUUUUGUUAAGAAGAUGAUUGUAUUUAUAAAUUUGGACCAAUCAGAAGGAUCCGUUUCGUUGAGAAUCUCUUAUUGUGGAAGUUUAUGUU